GAAUGUCCUAAGAUAGUGAUAAGUCUAUAUACAGUAUAAAUACAUAUAUAUAUAUAUAUAUAUAGAGAGAGAGAGAGAGAGAGUUUGAACAGGUGGAAGGAUAUGAGGCUCCAUUCUUCCUAGUAGUACUAUCUGAUUCUCAUGUUUAAAGAGAAACAUUAUUGUUAGUGAAGAAAAAAUCCAAAAACAGUGGUGUUCUGCCCAUUACUUCACAGCCUGUGGGAGGCCUAGAAAUCCGUGAGAAAGCCGACAAUUAGAGAUAAUUCCAAGCAUUCCCAUGUGGGAUUCUCCCUUUUUACUCAUCAUCAUAUCUCUUCUUCUCCAGUAGUUUUCCGCUGCUCAUUCUAAUCAGUUUCUGUACACUUCUUCUGUGAUAUUUCCCACUUUCUUGAAUAAUUCUUGGUCUGAAAAUGUGGGAUUCAGAAACAGAAUCUGUUGGAGGACGAGAUUACGGGAAUGGAGUCCUGUCCACGAGCAAACCUGGAGUCAAACCUGACGGGUUUGAGCAAAGAGGCCAGUCUUGGCAUGUUGCAACUGAUAUUCCGAGUGAUCUUUUGGUCCAGAUUGGAGAUGUCAGUUUCCAUUUGCACAAGUAUCCUCUUCUUUCUCGAAGCGGGAAGAUGAAUAGAGCAGUAUACGAAUUGCGUGACACAGAGUUAAAUAAGAUAGCUCUAGAUGAUCUUCCAGGCGGGCCUGAGGCUUUUGAACUGGCAGCCAAAUUCUGCUAUGGAAUUGCUGUUGAUUUAACAGCAACAAAUAUCUCCAGCCUGAGAUGUGCGGCCGAAUACCUGGAAAUGACAGAGGAUUUAGAAGAAGGCAAUCUUAUAUUCAAAACUGAGGCUUUUCUCAGCUAUGUGGUUUUAUCCUCCUGGAGAGAUUCCAUAAUAGUGUUGAAAAGUUGUGAGAAGCUCUCCCCUUGGGCUGAAAACCUCCAAAUUGUUAGAAGAUGUAGCGAGUCGAUUGCCUGGAAAGCUUGUGCCAAUCCUAAAGGGAUAAAAUGGCAGUACACAGGGAAGCACCCGAGAUCAGUUUCCAGCCCCAAAUGGAACGAGAUGAAAGAAUCCAGCCCGAGCAGAAACACACCUGUCCCCCCUGAUUGGUGGUUUGAGGAUGUUUCUAUUCUGAGGAUUGAUCAUUUUGUAAGAGUUAUUACCGCAAUUAAGGUUAAAGGCAUGAGGUACGAGUUGGUUGGAGCUGCAAUCAUGCAUUAUGCAGGGAAAUGGCUCCCAGGAUUGGUGAAAGAGGGAUCAGGAUCGGUAUCAGGGGGGGCUGCUGAUGAGGGAAGUAAUAGCAGCAACAGCAAUGGUAGCAGCAGUAGCUGGAAAGGGGGACUCCACAUGAUUGUGGUUGGGAGUAAAGAGGAUUUGCCAGCAGUUCAGGCUAAAGAUCAGAGAAUGAUCAUCGAAAGCCUUAUAAGUAUAAUCCCGCCUCAGAAAGAUACCGUUUCUUGUAGCUUCCUUCUCAGACUGCUGAGAAUGGCUAACAUGUUGAAGGUUGCUCCGGCUUUGGUUACAGAGCUGGAAAAACGUGUAGGCAUGCAGUUUGAACAGGCUACUUUGGCAGAUCUCCUCAUACCUUCUUACAACAAGCACGAGACAUUGUAUGAUGUUGAUCUUGUUCAGAGGCUUUUGGAGCAUUUCCUGGUUCAAGAGCAGUCGGAAAAUUCCAGCCCAAGCCGACAGUCGUUUUCUGACACAAAAAUGUAUGAUGGAGCUCAACGGGGGACCAACCCUAAUGCUAAGAUGAGAGUGGCUAGGCUUGUCGAUAGUUAUCUUACAGAGGUGUCGAGAGACAGAAAUUUGUCCUUGACAAAAUUUCAAGUCCUGGCAGAGGCUUUACCAGAAUCAGCUAGGACUUGCGAUGAUGGAUUAUACAGGGCCAUUGAUUCCUAUCUUAAGGCACAUCCAACGCUUACAGAACAUGAAAGGAAGAGGCUCUGCCGUGUGAUGGACUGCCAGAAACUUUCAAUCGACGCAUGCAUGCACGCUGCCCAAAAUGAACGGCUCCCUCUCAGAGUAGUUGUGCAAGUCCUCUUCUCCGAACAGGUGAAAAUAAGCAAUGCAUUAGCCAACGGCCUUUUGAAAGAGCCCGGUGAAUCCCAUUACCAGCCCUUAAUAACUAACCGCAAAACACUACUCGAAGGAACUCCUCAGUCGUUCCAAGAGGGCUGGGCAUCCGCAAAAAAGGAUAUCAACACUCUCAAGUUUGAGCUGGAAACCAUGAAGACCAAGUACUUAGCACUUCAAAACGACAUGGAAACGCUGCAGAGACAGUUUGAUAAGGUGACAAAGCCAAAGCAAACAUCAGCUUGGACUACAGGGUGGAAAAAGCUGACCAAGCUCACCAAAGCGGCAGAAAACAACGACAUUGGACCACAGGUGCAAAAUGGGGAUUUGAGUAGGAAAACUCCUAGAAGAUGGAGGAAUUCAAUUUCCUGAAUCAUCAGCAGCUGUCAAACGAAGAGAUCUACCGAUAAACCGUGUUUCCUUCAUGUAGUUCCAAUGUGUUUUUUAAGGUUUUCUUGUUUUGUUUUCCUUUACCUCUUGCAAUAUUCGUUGAAGUUUCUUAUUCACAACAGGUAUUGUUUCAGGAAGUAACAUCAUGUUUCAAUUUGUCUGUAAUUUGUUGA